AUGAAAUUGAUUCUUAUUAUCGCUUAUAUUCUAUAGAUAUCAUGUUCCAAAGCCCUUGAUUUUAAAGUAAUGCUUUCUCAGAUGGAUCAACAUCAUCUAGGUCAAACGUUUUUAAAUGCUUUAUAGAUAGGUUUAACAGCAGGAUCUCCCGUCCAUGAGAUUCAAAGUUAUCUCAAUAACAUUAGGUAUCUUAAUAUAUUCAAUAUAGAUUCAUGUUAUAAUAAGAACAAAAAGAUUCAGAUAUCUUUAUAUAGAGUACUUAACUUAAGUGUCAGAGAUUAUUACAUGACUUUUCCACCAAUUAUGCCUAUCAUAGUAGUUAAUUACUAGCGAAUUAAAAGAUUGUGUAGGUAUACACUUCGUUGCAUUUAAGGAAAACACAGAAAACCUCUAGAGAGCAUUAAAUAAAAUUGCAGAAGUUAGUGUAGAGAUUGAAUAAAAUAUACUCAAAACUAACGCUGGUUAAAGUGAAAGAGAUCUACAAUAUAUUGAAUUCUAAUCUACACUUAAAGAUCAUAAUGAAGCUAUUUCAGCUAUUGAUGAAGCUUAUGCACUUAUUGAACAUUUAGCUAAUGGAUUAUCAUUUAUUUAACUUAAAGGACGUUUCAAUAAAGUUAUAAAUCGACUCACUUCAUAAUCUUAAGGAAUCACCCAUCUUUUUCAACCUAUUAUUAAUAUGAUGUCUUAAUUAGCAAGCAAUACAGAUGAUUCCAAAAAGUUACUUCUGUUGUUAAGUGGAUUAAAAGUUCAAAUUGUUGAAAACUCUAACUAAAAUAAAGAUCUUGAACAGGAAGCUUCAUUGAAUUGGUAAAGUUUCUUAAAUGACUUAAUCAAUGAAAAAAAUACACUUUCUGAUUAAAGAUAAAAUUUAGAAUAAGCCAUUCUAAAUUAUUAGAGUAUUAUUCAAGAAUCUUCAGAAAAAUCAUAAUAUCAUUAAAUUGAAUUUAUGAAAAAUAAAGUAUGAAAUUUUAUAAUUAGGAAAAUGUUGAAAAUCAAGACAUUUGGUGUAGAUAACAAUAAGAUCUCUAUUCUAUAGAUUCCUAAUCAAGGAAUGAAGCCUUAUAAUUAAUUUCUAAUAUAGUAGAUCAUAUCUAAGACAAAAUUGUGACCUUAAAAGAAUAUUUAAGAGAAAGACAUCAAAUUAAAUGA